CAUUUAAUUAAGAUUAAAAUUAUAUUAUUCAAAAACCCAAAUAUAGAUUUGUAUUUACAAUGAUUUGCAAUUCUAAUUCUAUGCCGAGAAGCGACGUAGUCACUGCCCUCUAUAGAUAUAAAUACGCAUAUUUAUAUUUAUAGAGUGCAGUGGACGUAGUAGAAUACAUAAUGCCUAAGCUGUACUAAUUUUUACUGUACAAUUUACCGUCUGCUCCGCAAUUUAACAAACAGGCGUUUUAAGAAAAUAAAGUCAACAGAAUGACAGUUUCGGAUAGUGGAUCGGAAGGGUUUGGAGUGUUGCCGGAUGAGUUAAUUCUUGCAGUCUUCCAGUUUCUACCUCUUGAAACGUUACUCACCUGUGAGAAUGUUUGUAAACACUGGAGGAAAUUAGCCCAAGAUACUGCACUAUGGAGGAGAUUUGUUAUUGUUUACUCCGGGAAGCCAGGACAAAGUGAAGUAAGUGAAAAAAAUUUGGAAAUUAUUAAUAGUCAUGGGCAGUUAAUACACCAACUGAAGCUACAGUACUUAUAUAGUUAUCAAGAAAUUAAAUCAAUUUUGGAACAAUGUAGUAAUCUUACAUCUAUAGAGCUAGUAAUGUGCCGAUUGGGUAAAGAAUUUGAAAGCUACAUAAAUAGAUGGCCUAAUUUAAAGAAAAUUAAUUUGAAAAACUCUCUUUUUCUGACAAAUGAUGUAGUAAUUAAUUAUGCUCAUUUUCAACAACUUAAUUUCUUGGCUUUAUCAGAUUUUGGACUUUCUCCAGUAAACUGUAAUACAUUAUUACAUUGUCCAUAUUUAAACCAUAUCCUCAUUGAAAAGAUUAAAAACUUAAGUUCAGAUUUUAUAAAAGAAUUGAUAAUAUGUAAGCAGAAAAUAUUAACUACAUUUCAUAUUUAUGGUGGUGUAUCUAUAGAUGACCAUAGCUUGCAAUUAUUAUCACAAUGUUCUAUGUUAAGAGAUUUGGCAAUAAUAAGAUGUGAAAAUCUCACAGACAAGGGGUUAAUAUCUUUAGUAAAUUUACAAAAGAUUCAACACUUACAGAUUUGGAACAACACAAACUUUUCUGAAUUUGUUUUGCUCCAUACAUUGAGCAGUCCUAAUUUAAAAACAUUGGAGAGUUUAAGUCUAUCUCGAAUUGGAAACAUUUCACCUAUAAUUGUUGAUGUUAUAUCUGAAUAUUAUAAGAAUCUCAAGUUUUUAGCUCUGUACCAGUGCCCUAGAAUUAUAAACACUGAUUAUGAGAAACAGUUAAAAUCAAAAUUCCGCAAUAUUGAUGUAGUAUUGUAUUGAAAAUAUAAAAAUG